AGCACCGGAGUACCGCGGAAGUGCUGUUGACCUGUGUGCCAUCAGACAAUAAUUUUACAGAUAUAUCCUAUCUGACAGCGUGCGACUAGUGUCGUGUGGUCAAGAUUCUGAGCUUCAAGACAUAUUAGUGAUGGCCUCAGGGGCCUUGGUGACUAAGAAUGACUUUCGGCGCAAGGUUUGGGACCACUUAGAACAUAAUGACCUGGCUGAAUUUCCAAGACCUGUUCACAAUAGGAUACCGAACUUCAAGGGCGCGCCGGCGGCCGCCCACACGCUGGCCGCCCUCAGCGAAUUCAAGGAGGCGAAGGUGGUGAAGGUGAACCCGGACAAGCCGCAGGAGACGGUCCGCUUCCUGGCCAUGGAGGUGGAGAAGACGGUGCUGGUGCCAACGCCGCGGCUGCGGCACGGCCUGUUCAACCGGCUGCUGCCGCCCAGCCCGGCUAAGGAGGACCUGCACCGCGUGGCGCGCGCCGAGGGCGUGCGCAAGUUCAGCACGCCCAUCGGGCUCGACAACAUUGUGCCCGUCGAUCUGAUCGUGGUCGGCUCGGUGGCCGUCUCCAAAGACGGGUACCGGAUCGGCAAGGGCGAGGGCUACGCUGACCUGGAGUACGCCAUGGCGCGCGGCGCCGGCGCCGUGUCGGAAGAGACGCUCGUCAUCACCACCGUCCACGACGACCAGGUGUUCGACUACCUGCCUCCGGAGCUGUUCGGCGCGCACGACCUGACGGUGGACAUGAUCGUGACCCCGACGCAGGUCAUCCAGGUCAGCCAGCGGCACGCCAAGCCGUCCGGCAUCAUCUGGAAGCUGGUGACGCCGCGCAAGCUCAAGGCCAUCCCCAUACUUAAGGCGCUGCGGGAGGUGGAACAGGCUGCGGGGAAGGACGUGACCCUGGGCGAGCCGACCGACGACGAGCUGGUGGAGGCGGCGGCCCGCAAGACGCGCCGCCUGCGCUCUGGCGGCGAGCCGGGCGGGCCGCGGCGGCGCCGCGAGGAGCAGGGAGCCGGCGACGCCGGCCUGCCCUACAGCGACGCGGACGACGAGGGCGCCGCCAGUCGGGCCGACGAGGAGCCGGGCCGGCGGCCGCGCGCGCGCCGGGACCGGCCGCCGAUCGACCACGCCGACGGUCUGACGGUGCUGGUGCGGCGCAUCCCGUCGGACGCGCGGCCGCGCGACCUUCGCGAGGCUAUCGUGGCGGCCGACUCGCCGGCCACCAUCCUGUCGUGGAAGGGCCGCCAGGGCGCGGCCGGCGCCAUCGAGCCCACCAUCGCCUGGAAGGGCCGCCGUGGCAUGGCUUUCGUGCGGCUCAGGUCGGCGGAGGCAGCCGCCGAGCUGGUCGCCAACGCCGACAAGCUGCGCACGAUCAGCGACGACCUGGUGGUGGAGCGCUACAAGGGCCGCGAGCGGGACGACUCGGACUCGACCCAGCGGCUAAGUCGCCUUCUAACGCCCCCGUGGCAGGUGGCGAGCGCGAGGCAGAGCCUGCAGCAGCGACGACAGGCGGGUUGA